AUGGGCCUAGCAGAAUACACAUCCUGUCCCUUCGUCGCCCCGAAAACAACAUGGAUCGACAAGCGCGGCAAGAAACGAGAAGUACCGAUGAGGUUGCUUUGUUUUGGACUCAGUCGGACGGGCACAGCAAGUUUGAGGAUGGCGCUGUGGGAGUUGGGGUAUAAUCCGCAUCACGGCUUCGCCGUCUUCGAGAACCCACCCGAUGCGACGUUGUCGAAUGAGGCGAUGAAGGCGAAGUAUGAAGGGAAAGGGAAGAAGUGGACGAAGGAGGAGUUUGAUGCUUUGUUUUGUGAUCGGGACGCCACCCUCGACCAACCCGGCAACCUCUUCGUCGAAGAACUCGUCGCCGCGUAUCCCGACGCCAAAGUCAUGAUCACCGUGCGGGAUGUCGAUUCGUGGUAUGACUCCGUCAAGAAGACCAUCCUCGACCGCAAACCCAACGCAGCAGCCAUUUUCCUGAGUAUCUUCGAUCCGACGAUUAGUCUCAUUUUCAGCGAACUUUUACGAUCAAACACCCUCCUCUACGGACCGAAAUGGUGGACCCGGACCCGAGAAGAAUGCCAUGAGAUUUGGGCGAAGCAUCUCAAGAAAGUCCGUGAUGUUGUGGGCGAGGAGAAUGUGUUCCACUUCAAUGUCAAAGAUGGGUGGGAACCUUUGUGUGAGUUCUUGGGGCACGAGGUUCCGAGGGAUGAGGAUGGGCAGGUGAAGCCUUUCCCGAGGGUGAAUGAUGCGGCGAGUUUUGAUAGGGUUAUGGCGGAGUAUUUGAGCAAGGUGGCGGUGAGGAGGUUGGCUCAGGGAGGUGCGUUUUUGGCGGCGGUGGUGGCGGUUGGGUUUGCUGCGUAUAGAUUUCGAAGAUGA